UGAACUUGUGGACUGAAGUGGAAACAAGUGAGUGUAAAAUGGCAAGCUGGAUAUUCGUGGCGAUCGCAUGCUGCUUGGUCAGUGGACUGCAAGCGCAAACCAACUACUGCACCACAACUUACUGCCCUACCGGUGUACCGAACGUUGGUUGUAAUCCACCUGGACUUCUUGGUGGUCCUAAUUGCGCUAACAAGAGUGCCGUGGUUAUAGUACUAAACCCGACCCUUCAAUCGUUGAUUCUAACCGAACACAACACUCGUCGAUCGCAGCUUGCUCUGGGUCAGCUAAAUUCGUUCCUGCCAGCGACUCGCAUGCCCACAAUCUCCUGGGAUACGGAGUUGGCAAACCAGGCUGGUAAUAAUGCACGUAGCUGCGUCUAUGGGCAUGAUCGUUGUCGUAAAACUGCUGUAUAUGCAUGGGCCGGCCAAAAUAUCGCCAUGUCACAGUUUUACGGGAUGACCAAAACAAUUGAGCAGCUGCUCAAGGAAGGCAUCAAUGCUUGGUGGAGUGAGUACAAUGUUACCACACAAGCUCAGCUGAACAGCUAUCCAAAUGGAUACACUGGUCCGGCCAUUGGACACUUCACGCAGAUGGCGAGCGAUCAAACUGCCAAGCUAGGGUGCGCUAUGCAGAACUGGUUGGAAGGUCAGUGGAAAACGUACUAUCUUGUGUGUAACUAUGCCGUCACAAACGUCAUCGGUCGUGCUACGUACAAGAACGGCACGGUUGCUUCUGGAUGUACUACCGGACGCAAUCCGAUUGCAACUCUUAAUGGACUGUGUUCGACAGCAGAAACGAUCAAUCCUGUACCGAACUAAUGUAAUAUAAUGUAAUAAAG